AUGAGUGAAGGACCACGGUUUCUUCAAAAAGAUUUUAGUCAAAUUGAGUUAAUAGGAAGUGGGUCAUAUGGAAAAGUAUAUUCAGCAGUAAGAAAUGAUGAUAAGAAUUUGGCAUGUAUUAAUAAUAAUAAAUAUAUUGUCAGAUAUUAUGACACAUGGAUUGAAAGAUUAAGUGAAGAAGACUAUGAAUGGGUCAAUAAACAGAAAAAUGAUCCAGACGAAGAUAAAUCAGUAGAUGAUGACACAAAUUAUUUUAGUGAAGAAGAAAUGGAAUUUGAUGAAGUUUCAUGUCUUGAUCCAAAUGAAAUCGAGUGGGAAGACUCUCCAUACAGUAAUGAGAGUGAAGAAUAUUCAAGUCAAGAAGACGAAUAUGAAUAUGAAUAUAUUGAAGAAAGUGAAACAAUAGAGAAUAAAGAAGAAAACAAAGAAGAAGAAAACAAAGAAGAAGAAAAUGAAGAAAAUAAAGAAGAAGAAAAUGUAAAUUUAACAAUAGUUGAAAAUAAAAUACAAGACAAUCAAUCAGAAAAGUAUGGGAUUUGUAUUCAAAUGGAAUAUUGUACAGGAGGAGAUUUAAGUAAAAUUAUUAAAAAUAAAGAAUUACAUUAUAGUUCACAAGAAGGAAAAAACAAAGUAAUGAAUUACUUUAAACAAAUAGUUAUGGGAGUUUCAGCAAUACAUCAACACUGUAUUAUUCAUGGUGAUCUUAAACCAGGAAAUAUCUUAAAAGAGAAAGACACCAUGAAAAUUGGAGAUUUUGGACUUGCAAGAACAAAUACUGAUUAUAAAAGUAAAAUACUUGGAACAAUUGGAUAUGCAGCACCUGAAAUAGUUACAGGGAACUACGACAAUAAAAUAGACAUUUACAGUCUUGGGAUUAUUUUAUAUGAAAUGUGUUUAUCCCCUACAACAAGAUCAGAAUUUAUUUAUAACUUAGACCGACUAAAGAAUCAAAGAAAGAUUAAUGGAACAGUCGAAAACCAAUACCAAAUGUAUAAAGAAUUAAUACUAGAAAUGACGGAGCCAAACCCAAAAGACAGACCAACAAUAGAUGAGGUAUUAAAAAAAUUAACAAUACUUGAUGAAGAUCUUAAGAAAAUAUCGGAACUACUUCCAUUUAUUCAAGAAAAAUCAAACUUAUGGCCUCAACUAUCAGCAGCAAUUGAAAGUAAAAUGAAAGAAAAAAUAAAAGACAUUGAAAAAGAAGAAACAGAAGAAUUUGAAUUAACACCAACACACUUAGAAAUCAUUAGAAGUUUAACAGAAAUUCACAUAUUAUAUGGAACAAAAGCAAUGUUUAUGAAUCCCUUUAUACCAUCAAGUUUAUUAAAAGAAAGUGGAAUAGAAUAUCAUGAGGUUCAAAGUCCACUUUUAAUUAAUAAAGAAGGAGAACUAAUGGUAUUAAUUAAUAAUUAUCAAGAAGUUGUAAGAGUUAUUAUCAAUCAAAUAAAAGAUCCAACAUCAUAUAUUAUCAGAAUUCCAACAGUAAGUUUACAUGUUACAAAAGAACCAACUGUAUCACCAUCACUUGUUUAUAUUAAUACAAGUAUUUCAAAUGAACAACAUCAAUUUGAUAUUAUAGAAUGUAUAAUAUUAAUAGGGUCAAUAAUUAAUGUAUUUAUGAAUAAAAGUAAAUUACAUAUUAGUCAUAGUGGAAUUAAUGAGAUGAUUCAUAAUAAUAAAGAGCUUGAAGAAAUUAUGAUUAAAAAACCAAUACAAAGUUUAGCAUCAAUAAAAACAAUUAUUCAAAAGUAUCGAAAUGAAAGAUUUAAUUAUAUCAUUCCAAUAUUUAAUUAUUUAAAAGAAAAUGAAGACAUAGUAUAUGAUAUUGGAAUUUCAGGAAAUAAUAAUCAAGGACUUUAUUUUGAAGUUAAAAAUGAAGAAGGGAAAGUAAGUUUAAUAGGAGGUGAAACAAAAAUAAAAAAGAAUAAAGUAGAGAUUAAAACGAUAGGAUAUUGGAUUAAAGUGGAUAAUAUUUAUCAAAGCUUAGGAGAUAAGAAAGGAUUAGUAGCAAAAAGAAAAGUAAUAGUAAAAGGAAUAAGUGAUAAAAUGAGUAAAGCAUCAAUGAAAAUAUAUUUAGAAUAUUUUGGAUUUAAUGUGAUAUAUGAAGAAAGUAAUAGCGAGUAUAAAGGGUGUUGGAUUAAAUUAAAUGUUCAUAAAGAUGGAAAAUAUGACUUUUUUACAAAUUGUUUUUGGGAUAUUGGUGUAACAUUAAAUAUAUAUAUUGACAAAGAUUUAAUAAGAAAAGAAAUACUUCCAUUAGGAAAAGCAAUAGGAAGUAUGCAAAAACAAUAUACAAAGAAAAGUAUUCCUAUGUUAAUUGCUGAUGAGAAAUUAGUAUCAAAUGAACUUUGGGAAUGGAUUUUAUUACCAAAAGAAAAGUUUCAAAAAAGAAAAAAAACUAUUAUUUCUCAAAAUGGUGUAUCAUUUAUUAGAGAAUUAGAAGAAUUUAAAAAAAAUUUAAAAUCAAAAUGCAAAUUUAUAUUAAAAAGAGGAAAUGAUAAAAAAAUAAUAACACAAUAA